UUUGAGGCCACCUAUGCUGGUUUAUGAUGGUCUUCGUCAAAUAUCAGACUGGGCUCUUCUGAGCUUUUACUCAGAUGUGUGUGUACUUGGAGAAAGCAAUGUACCGCAACGAGGCCCUUUGAUCAUAUGCUCGAAUCAUGCCAACGAAAUCAUAGAUGUCGCUACGUUAGCCGCGACUAUUCCCUAUAGGCGUCAGGUCUCCUUCUGGGCCAAGUCUUCGAUGUUCAAGAAUGUCGUUUCUCGCUUCAUCAUGACCUCUUCUGGAACCAUACCCGUCCAACGCAAUCCCAACAAUGUCAACACUGGUGCCGAAGCAAGCGGGUCUUCAUCUUCGGCCUCUGUGUCUGGCAACACUUCUGUCUUCUCUUCAUCACUCAGCGCUCUCACAGGAUCACGCGUCAUUGGAGUCUUUCCUGAGGGGACGAGCUACACUGAACAUAGGAUCAUGCAAGUUAAGGAAGGUGCUGCGAGAGUCGCGUUGGAAUAUUGUGCUUUGCGGGAACGAGAAGGUUCAAUGGAUGGGAAGGUCAUGCCCCAGUUGACCUUUAUACCUGUGGGUAUCACGCAUACCGACAAAUCACAUUAUCAGAGCCGUAUGCUUGUGCAGUACGGCGCACCGAUCAAUUUAGAGGAAUACAUCCAGGAAUACUGCUCUCCUGUCAGAGACGUUUCUCGAGCAGCGGUGGCAAGACUGAACAGUGAACUAGAGCGACGAUUAUUUGGCCUGACGGUGAAUGCACCAGAUUGGGAUACAUUGCAUAUGUCACGGAUCGCCGAAGAGAUUUUAUGGCCUAAUCAGAAAUUGCCCCUCGUUCGCACUCGCGACAUAUCGCAGACACUCGUCAAUAUCUUCUCUAUGACAAUGCCAACGCCUCGAGCCAUAGAGGCCAAGUCGACCCUCCUUCAGUACGCUGGCUUGCUCCAUUACACUGAUAUCUCUCAUUCUGCCCUGGCUUCAUCUCUCCCGAGGAUCUCCCCCCAGCGGACUUCGACGUCUCCUUCUCUCAUACGGAGUGUUACGACCUUCCUCAGCCAACUAUGCAUCACUUUACUGCACCCUCGGUUCCUCCUGUCGUGCCCUGUGUUCUUCUUGCACCUCCCUGCUUAUACCUUCGCUCGUUUUGCUGGACGCUACCUGGCAGAUCCACGACUUGAUGAAGCUAUCUCACAGUACAAGAUUAUUUUUGGCGGCCUCGGGAUGGGCCUUUCAUAUGCUGGGUUGACGAGUAUAGUAGUGAGGUGGAUGCGUCGGGUGGGUGACGAUCGAGUGGGCAUCUGUAGAUGGGAGUGGGUCAAUAAGGUGCUUGAUGUCGUCGGCGAGCUCGGAAGGGUAACAGAGGCAGGAGAAGACUGGUUUGGAUGGUCGAAGAGUCUUUUGGCGAUUGGGGCAAUCGCUUAUGGGGUAGCUUGGGUCAGUGUGAAGUGGCACAACGCAAUGAUUUUGAGUAACUACAGGCAAUAUAAACGCCUUCGGGCCUCCUUCAGAAUCCUAGUCUCGAACGUCCUACCAUCCUCUCCUCUUUCGUCCACGGACCCGACCUUUGAAGCCUACUUCCGACCGCCAUAUCCGCCGCUCAACCCAUACGUGACCUAUCCUCAGGACUCGAACGUGCACAGCCGCCCUAAACCCGCUGCUCCGGUUGGGUUCUGGAAACUCAUGCCACAUUUGUUGAUUACGAGACGGAAGGCAAUUUUGAGUCUGGUCGAGUAUCUGAAAGAGGUGGAAGAGAUGAAUGCUGGACCAGAUGGGUCUGUGAAGGCGUUAGGGGAGGUAAUGGCCAGAGGCAAGGAGUUGGCCAAGGAGGUGGUAGUGGAGUGGCGGAGACGAUGAGACGUGAUACUUCUGUGAGUGCAGAUAGCCUGUGCGUGUCAGGGCGGAACAAGCUGAAGACAGGGACAGUAUCAUCUUUGUUCUAGUUGUCGACACCCUGUGUGUAUCCUGUUUGACUAUCAAGAAUGGCAUCGUGCGUCCAUUGUGUGCCCAUCUGUCUCCUUGAAUUUCAGGAUAUAGAAUCCUUGUUCGUCCGACGACAAAGGUCAUCCACCUUGGGAACCCAUGAUGCUGGUUAUUCUAUGCCAGAGCUCCACGCUGUAACCUUACUUCCAGCGGAAAGCCCACGUUCUUGAGUCUCAGCUUCAGCCGGUUCCCGCACGACGCUGGUUGUCUUCGGUCGGCAGUGCUGAUCAAACUCAGUGAGUAUCAUCCUUCUUUCACUGUAUGAAAUACGCUGAUACUACGCAUGUGGAUAUAGGGCUGUGUCUCUGGUUGGGAUGUCGGCUCGCAGACGCGAGUUGCGAGCAACGGACAUCGAACAGGCAGUUUUCC